UCAAAAAGAAGAAGAGGUAUGGUUUCCCAGCGCCACCCCUCUCUUCGAGCGAGCGUGGCGAAUGGCAGGUCCCAAUCCGCAGCUUCCGCCGGCGCCGGUGGUUGGGUCGUCGCUGCCCUUGGUCGGGGGGUCGUUUUUGGCAUCAAGGCCGCAGCACUCAGGAUGAAUGUAAUUCAGAUUGUUCGUGACCACUGGGUACAUAUACUUGUGCCCAUGGGGUUUGUCCUUGGAUGUUAUCUAGACAGAAAGAAUGAUGAAAAGCUGACUGCCUUCCGGAACAAAAGUUUGUUGUUUAAAAGGGAAUUGAGACCCAAUGAGGAAGUCACCUGGAAGUAAAGGCCCCCAUGACUGAAUUACAGAAUGUUCAUAUUUUAAAAAUUAGGAGAGAAAUAACACAUUCAUUAUUUAGUUUGAAGUGUGAUUCUUUUUAUGCCGAAGCCGUCUUCCACAUUUCAAGUAAUAGGCACACUUAGCUUAAAAAUAAAUUAUUGAGUACUUGAUUGUGUAUUGAUGUUAAAUUUACAAUUAGUGUUUCAUUUUCUUUUCCUCAUUUUAGACCAUAGUACUAUUAAAUUGUGUAACCAAUUUUUUCCUCA